CCAUAAGCAGAGGCUCAUUCAGCCGCGGCCGACGCGCGGCGCAUACGCCCCCGUGACCCAGCUACGUGCUGAGAGCUCUGCUGGCAUACGCUGGCUCGCGCAGUAACGGGACGCCGCGUGACGCACGCGUCAGAGAGACACCACCCGACUCCUACCCUGAGGGCAAAGCAACAUACGUUUACAGCCGAGCGCGUCACCCGUGGACAAGCUAAGGCACCAUGUCCACCCUCUCGGCCGCCCGCGCGGACAAUUUUUAUUAUCCCCCCGGCUGGGACCCUUCAAAAGAAUCACUCAAUCAACACACCGGGCACACGAAGGGCCGCAACCAGUACGAGCAGAAGGGUCUGAUCCGCUUCGAGCUGCCCUUCGACGGCUGGUGCACGAAGUGUGGUCGGCAUGUGGCGAAGGGCGUCCGAUUUAAUGCCAGUAAGAAAGCUGAUGGCAAGUACCACUCAACAACAAUAUGGAAGUUCGGGAUGGGCUGCCCCGGUUUAUGUGGCGGGGCGUUCGUCGUGAGGACGGAUCCCAAGAAUUCCGAUUAUGUGUUCGAAGGUGAUUUGCGGCGGAAGGUCGAGGAGUAUUCUAGUGAUGAGGAGCAAGGUCAUAAAGCGCUGGGGGAACUGGACCACCGCGACCAGGCGAAAGAGCUUUCUAGGAGGCGGGACCCGAUGCAAUCUCUAGAAAGGAAGCAGGACGACCGGGAGCGAGCUAGGGAGCGCGCGGCGGCGUUGCAGCGGGUGCGCGACCGUUCUGAUAGAGCGGACGACGACUACGGAGCCAAUGCGUUGUUACGAAGGCGCCACCGCUCCAAAAGAAAGGAGGCUUCAGUAGAUGAGGCGAAGGCGCGGGGUCUAGGCUUGGCGGUCGAGCUGGUACAACCUUCUGAGGAGGACGCCGCCGAGGCCCGGGCGCAGCACUUUCAAAGAGCUAGGAGGGAGCCGGCGCGCGUGCCGCUGCACGCUCAAAGCAUCUUUGGAGGUGACCGUAGAGCGCGGACGGCGGCGACGCUACGGCGGGACCGCAACCUCUCUUCAUUGAGACUGCGGCCGCGGACCGGGACAAGACAAAGGGAGCCGACGCCUUUGGUAAGGGCGAAGCGUCGGCGUAAGUAAUGUG